AUGGCCCACAAGCCUCGAACAGUACACAACGAACUGCGGAUCCCCACCGUCCCCAACUUCCCUUUGUCCUCCCCUAUCACAGAAGAAGUCGCCAGCCCGACGGGCUCCUCCGAAGACGACCGCGACUUGGAGCGCAAUCGUCCGUAUGCCUUUCUAGCGAAGGUAUCUGACCGGAAUCCCUUUGCGCGCCAGGCGGAGAUUGAUGCGGGAGACGGGAGACGGAGCACGGUUGGCCUCGCGCAGGAGAGUCCGCGGGAGAACUCCCUAACGUCUGGUGGGAGGAAGAAAGGCGCGGAGAAACCUGUGGGGUUGAAUCUGGUUACGGAUUUCUCGAGCGCGGGGUCAACGAAGCGCGGUGGUGGGAAGGCGCCGGCGUUUUUGGAUCUUAAUGAUUUGAAGGUGCUUUCUGAGAGGAGGGAGAAUGAACGGAAGGUUAAGGGGAUUUUGAAGAAUGGGGCUAAUCAGGAGUCUGCGCUAUUGACGGGACAGUCCAGAGAUGGGUCAGCCUGGCGGGGUAUCAAGUCCAAAAUGUCGCCGCGGAAGAACAAGAAAGAUGAGCUGUCCCCCUCGGAUCGACCCAUCAUGAUCGGAUUUACCCUGCCGGCCGACGAGUCUGGCGAACAACGUGAGCGGACGAAGGAGUUGGACAGCGCGGAUGGUCUACGCACACCACUGACUCCCUCGAUCGUCGUAACGCCAGCCAAAGAAGAAGGAUUCUGGAGGAGCCUCCGACCCCAGGACCAGCGUCCCAGAGCAACAUCUAGCGUCUAUUCCCAGCCUACGCCACUCCUCGAAACCAGCGGUCUCGGCAUCCCUCCUGUCCCUGCGAUCCCCGCACACCACACAGCCUCUGGCCUCGAGGCCACGAGUCCCGAGUUGAGCCAGAGACGCUCCAUUGCGUCUGUGAGGAGACAGCGCGCGUACUCCACAGGAACAGUCUUCGAAGAUGACGACAGCCCGCGUACAGGACGACGCUCCCGGUCGUACUCAAACGAAAGUGCAAAGAAGGCCUUCCAUCGUCUAACUGCCACCCGCCACAGCGCCACGUCGGAGGUCAACAAACAUUACUCCCAAGGGUGGUGGACAUACCUUCUCUCCCCAAUACUCGGACGUUCAAACACAAUGACCAGCCGGAGAACACCCACGACAACCGAGCGACCCCCCAUACCAACCAUCGCUACAGACGUGACCGGCUCAAGCGACGACGAAUGGUGGGAGAAGGAGAAAGAAAUCUCCUGCUUUUCGCCAGAAACCCCCGAAACAGCCGUCGCCAAUAGAGGCGAGGUAAUGAGCUGGGAAAAGAACGACUGGAACCCAUUCUCCGAUUUCGAUUCCAGCAAUGUCAGCAAAGCUGAGACUCCUGCUGCGAAUACCCCGGGUGCUGGGGGCUUCAUGGGCCUUGGGGAAACGGUGCAGGGUGAGGCUGCGGAGUACUACCAGGCUAGUGCGCAUGAGCUGUUCAGCAGGAGGCCUUACUUUGAGUGUAUAAAUCAUGUCUGCUCGAUUACGCCCAAGGAUGCUAUUCCUGGCUUUGCGGCGGGCUCCCUAGAUUCUCCUGGCAGCAAUGAGAGGAACUUACUCGUUGAUGUGGAUGAUAGCAUAUCACAGGCUGGCCACAAGGACAGGGGGUUGGUGAUUCCUCCUGCUGCUGCUGUGGUUGCGCAACCCGAACCGACUGUUGUCGAUGGCAAGUCAUCUGCUGGCUCGGAAACUGCAAAGUCCCCAGAACAGCCGAAGGAUGGCGAUAGUCCGAGAGAGACCUCCCGAGAAGUCCCCGGGGCUGCGAGUCCUGUACCAGAAGUCAGCAGGGCUGGACAUUCACCCCCACUAGCUGAACACAUGUCCGAGAAGCAGGGACAUCCUGUUCCUCUAGCCCUAACUACAGAUACUGCCCAGCUUGUCCAGCCUUUUCCAUCUGCCCAACCCGUCCAGCCGUUUCCAUUAACACAACCUGUCCAAGCUCCUGUCGACCAUAUAUACCCCCAGAUGCAACCCACCCAACCGGCCCAACCCGUCUACAUCCAACCUGCACCAGGCUUUUAUCAAGCCCCUGGCCAGCAUCCCGGCCCCCAAUACAUAGUGGUUGCACCCCCCUAUCACCAAGCGCAACCACAGGCUCCCGAUCCCAUCUCGCCCGGAUUUCAGCGCCAAACAGAGGGCGAUCGAUCCAUUCCCCUCGGCGAGAUGCCAACCGGGCCAGCACCUGCAUACAUCUCUCGCCACGGCACCCCUGUCUCGCUGCCCCCUCGUCCAGGGCCCCAUUCAAUCACACGAGAAACAACCACCACACACUCAACCACAGAGCAAGACAGAAUCGAGUCUCGUCGGCAACGCCACGAAAAGGAAGAUGCCGCAGGCAAAAAAGCCGGAGGCCUAUGGCGUGGACGAGGCCCCGUCAGCAAAAAAGGCUGCUUCGGACGUUCCGGCCGCGAAGGCCGCCUAAAACGACGCUGGUACAUGGUCAUCGCGUUCCUCUUCGUCCUCAUCGUCUUGGCCUCCCUACUACUUGCAAUUCUCCUAACUCGAAAAGGGGACGCAACGCCCAUCCAGUCCCAGUGGCUCAACCUCACAGGCUACCCGCCCAUGCCCACGGGGAUCGCGACGAUCGCCGGCCCGGAAGCCCACAAGCAGGACUCGGGGUGCAUCACCCCCAGCGCGCUCUGGAGCUGCGCUCUACCAAACGAGCAGCAUGAGACUAACAAGCCUUACGCGGCGGACGAGCCUAACUUCCGCGUCGAGAUCCGCUUCCGCAAUGGGACAUACCCCAAUAGCACGACUGUUGCGUCAUCACCGUCGGACAGGCUCCGCUCGCGCGGCACAGCCGAGCUUUUCAAUCCGUCUCCUCUUCCGCCCAGCUUGAAAGAUCAAGCCUUCGUAGGUAAUACAACAGACGGGAACAGCGCCCCCUUCGCCGGCGAAGAAACACCCUUCUUCAUAACCCUGCUGUCAACCACCCAGCCAAAGUCCCAGCUCUCCCGCAGAGACAGCAAUACAACCCACGGCGCUGACGAUGAUAAUAAAAACGACGAUAAUGAAAACGAUGAUAAGAAAGAAGAUGACACCAACCCCUUCCCAGACAUCGACACCCUCAUCCCCUCCCCCUCCACAGACCCAGACGGCACAGCCGCAUCCGCAACCCUCUACCCCCUCCCAUCCUCCCAGCCCAUCCGCCUCUACAACCGCGGCCAAGACACAGAACACUACGGCUUCUACACCUACUUCGACCGCUCCAUCUUCCUCGACUCGAUCGCCGUCCUCACGGGUUCCAAAAACGACACCGACAGCGACUCCCCAGGCGGACCCAGCAAAGCCGACGCGCGCGUCCGCUGCACCUGGUCCCAAACCCGCUUCCUCGUCCAGAUCUGGACCAAGCCCAGCAAAGGCCAUCUUCUCGACCGCAGCCCUUCCCCAUCAUCCUCCGCAAGACCAUCCACAACCACCAGCCACACAUCCCCAUCCUCAUCCUCCUCAGCAACGGACUUCUCCCGCCCCGGCUCCUUCCCCUACCCGGUGACCAUAACACUCGACAGACACGGCGGCAACGCCGCGAGCAAAAUGGUCUACUGCUACGGGAUGGAGACGGCGCAGCAUGUUAACGCCACGGAGAAGAAGCUGCAGAUUGAGGAUCGCGCGUUUGGGGGGGAGCUGGUGAAUCCUGCGCCGGGGAUAUUUAAUCUGAAUUCGACUGCUGCAAAGGGGAAGGAUGGGGCGAAAGGGAAGGGGGAGGAUUUGUUGAAGGGCUUCUGGUCCUAA